AUGGACAAAUUCCAUUACACUCUCGUGUGGUUGCUACCGUUUCUAUCGGUGGUCACAGCAGCAGUAGAGCACACAGAUGAAGAAGCACGCGUCGUUAAUGGCAAAGAUGCUGAACUUGGUCAAUUUCCGUACCAGGCCUUGCUGAUUAUUCAUUUGGCCGGUGGCAAGGGAGCACUGUGUGGAGGAAGCUUACUGAGUGACGAGUGGGUACUAACGGCCGGGCAUUGUGUGCAGGAUGCGACAUCGUUCGACGUUACGCUGGGGGCGAUUGAAUUGAAGAACAACACCAACGAUGGUGGUCGUGUGACGUUAUCAUCUAGUGAAUUUAUUCAGCAUGAAAACUAUCAAGCUGGGUCUGCUGCCAACGAUGUGGCCGUCAUUAAGUUACCUUCAAAAGUUACGUUCAACGAUCGGAUUCAACCCAUAAAAUUACCAACCGGAAGAGAUAGUUAUGCUCAACAGCAGGUCCUAGUUAGUGGGUUUGGUCAACAGCAUGAUAAUGGUGCCGUAGCCCAGAAGCUGCAGUAUGCUCCGUUAACGGUGAUUAGAAACACAGAAUGUAUGCUAGUUUAUGGAGUAGUUGCAAUCAAAACAAACAACAUCUGCGCUAGAGGAGUCAACCGGGAAUCGGCAUGCCACGGAGAUUCCGGGGGUCCUCUCGUGCUGGAGCAAGAUCAUACCCUAGUUGGAGUGGUUAGUUUUGGUACCUUGCUAGGCUGUGAGAGAGGACUACCGGUGGUAUAUGCACGCGUUACGGAGUUCAGAGAUUGGAUAAAGGAAAAGACGGGUAUUUAA